AUGAGCACUGUCUUCUCUGAGACAGCAUGGCUCUGCCUGGCUGUCACAGCAGCGCUGGGAGGACUGGUUCUUUACAAAUUCAAGAAGAGGCCAGGGCAGGUGGGGAGAACGGUGUUCUGCCUGGCAGGCUUCUGUGGCGGGGCUUACCUGCUCAGCCUGUCCCUCUUCUGGGGCUUGAUUCUCUUCUCCUUGUCAUGUUUUCUCGUGUAUGUUUACUUAUCUGGUCAAGAAUUGUUACCUGUGGAUCAAAAGGCAGUGCUAAUCACAGGUGGCGAUUCCGGGAUUGGCCAUGCUUUGUCCAAGUAUCUGGACGAGCUGGGCUUCACAGUGUUUGCCGGAGUUCUGAAUGAAAAGGGAUCAGGAGCAGAAGAAUUGCGAAGAACUUGCUCCACGCGCCUCUCUGUGCUGCAGAUGGACAUCACGGACCCCCAGCAGAUAAAAGAUGCAUACAGCAAAGUGGUGCAAAAGGUGCAGAACAGAGGACUGUGGGCUGUGGUCAACAAUGCUGGGAUCCUUGGCUUACCUGCUGAUGGGGAGCUCAUUCCCAUGAGAGAAUACAAACGAUGCAUGGCGGUGAACUUCUUCGGGGCCGUGGAAGUCACAAAGGCAUUUUUGCCUCUUCUUAGGAAAUCCAAGGGGAGGCUGGUGAAUAUCAGCAGCAUGGCGGGAGGGGUCCCAAUGGUAAAGCUGGCAGCCUAUGGCUCAUCCAAAGCGGCUCUGACGAUGUUUUCAGCGGUCAUGAGACAAGAGCUUUCUAAAUGGGGAGUUAAAGUCUCUGUCAUCCAGCCUGGAGGCUUCAGAACAAAUAUCGUAGGCUCCAGUGAAAUGUGGGACAAGCUGGAGAAGGACAUCCUGGACCACCUCACCCCUGACGUGCUGGAGGACUACGGCCAGGACUAUAUCCUUGAGCAACGGAACUUCGUCAGCCUGACGCAGAAGUAUGCCAAUCCCGAUGUGUGCCCCGUGCUCCUGGAUGUCCGGCACGCCAUCUCUGCGAAGAGGCCCUUUGCCUUUUACACGCCGGGUUCAGGCACUUACCUGUGGCUCUGCUUCGUUUCCUAUUGCCCGACUGGCAUAGUUGAUUAUUUUAGCAAGAAAAUGUAUAGAAGAAAACUCUGCUUUGAAAGUAGCCUGCCGAGAGCACUAAGCGUGCCUCCAUGGAAGAAGAAGGCCACGUAGGCAAAUAAGUGGGGAAUGCUAUAGUUUUGGAAUGAAAGGGAAACCUGAGCUUCUCAUUGAAUUUGUGGUGUCCUGCCUUGCAUUUCUUGUGAACUCUGUUGGGACCUAGCGGUGAGAAGACUGGAGGGUAGAAAUGACCACCAUGGAGAGCUUUGAUUGAGUUCCUACUCUGCAUCAGAUACAUUUUAGAUAUUCUCUCAUCUAGUUCUCAUCCGAGAAUCAAGGUAGGUGUCGUCACCCCUACCUAAUGGGUAAGGGAAUUAAGGAUCAGAGAAGUUAAGUUCCUAGUUCACUGCCACACAGCUAGCAGAAGGCAGAGCUAGAACAGAAAUCCAGGUUGGACUCCAUUGCCUGCCAAGAGAGAAGGGCGUGAAAGAGAGAUGAAGAGAAAAAAAUGAAAGAAGGAAGGGAGAAGAGGAGGAGAAAAUGGCAAGGACCACAAUCAAAUGGACUCUUUCUAACUGUGCACUGAUGUCCUGACAUAACAACUGCAUCCAAGGUAUUGGAUGUAGUGUAUGUAAUCAGCACUCUGUGUACCUCCUCUCCCUUCCUCUACCGACCAGGAGUCCUGGAGAUAAUAGGAUUAGGUCUCUCAUCUCAAGAAAGUUCUCAAAGGCCUUUUGGCAGACCCAGGGAAUGUCAAAUGACAGGAAAUGUCGAAUGACUGGCUGGUUUGGUAUCCAUAGUAACCACCCCUAUCACCUCCAUGAUAAGCAUCCCAGGAUGGAAAGCCAGCCUCC